AUGUCUGCACCCUCGGACGAACAGCUAAACAGGAUCGCGGCGGAUGCCGAGGCCGACCUCAACAGUUACCAGGCUAAGACGGGCGAGGCCCGCGAGCAGGCCGACGACGCCGCCGGCGUACGGUCGAUUCCUGAGAACAAGUUUCCCGGCGCGGAUGUGAAGUACGGCGACGACCUCUCCACAAAUUCCGGCUACAACAAGCGCAUUCCUCCCGAGGAGGGUGGCGAUCUUGACGCCCGCGGACGCCAAGCACGCGGCGAGCUCUACGAUCACAACAAGGGCGACGGUGGCCCCGCAGCCGCUCUUGACGCCAACACGCCCAGCGGCGCCAACGACGGCGACGUGUACCGCAUCCCGGGCAUCGACUCUCUCGGGACACAGGGCCAGAAGCCUGAUCCCCUGCUGCAAGGCGAGGAUGCCUCCAUCACAAACGUGGGCCGCAACCCGCCCGGCCCUGGAGGCAGCAAGUUCAAGGGCGAGGACUACUACGAACCCGAAUCGGUGCCUGGGAGCAUCGCCGCCGAGGGCAACGUGCCGCCUGCGAGCGUGACGCAGGCGAGCCGCGAGACGGAGGGAUAUUCAUACGAUGGACGAGAAAGACUUGGCGGGCACCACACUUCGCAAACGAGCCUAUCACAGAAAGGUGAGAACGGGGUGUCAAACCUGCAAGAUACGCCGAGCUCGCCGCUGGCUUCUGAAACCUUCCCUCGGCCACAACACACCGCCCUGGCCCUCCGGCCUACCCUGCCGCAACGAUGCCCCAAAGAGACUCGCAGCUACCGUUACUUCCUCGACGUCGCUGGUCCGUCGCUGGCUGGCGUUUUUGACGUGGACUUCUGGCUCGCCGAGCUACCCCGUGCUUGCCAUGCAGACCCGGCAAUAUGGCACGCCGUCGUUUGUCUCGGCGCGGCUCACGAAACGAAUGCCCUAGACUUCACCGUCGGGUCCUAUCCGCCGCAGAAGAUUUUCGCCCUGCAGCAAUUUAGCCACGCGAUCCGAUCGCUCACUGAACGACCCCCGCAAAGGACCGACAUUUGGAGGGCCCUGACAAUCAGUGUCAUCUUCACCUGCGUCUGCAAGGUCCAGGGUCUCCAUUCGCAGGCACGCAUGCACCUCGCGUCGGGCCGUCAACUCCUCGAAGAACUGCAGUCGUGCGAAGAACAGCAGCCGGCACCACGCAAGGCUACUGCCACGGGAUCAACCGUCCCUCCGCAGACGUCCAGCAGCCCGAUAAACCUCGCGCCCUUGAAGGACCUGCUCCUGAAUCUCGAGGUCUUCGUCUAUUUCAAAGACAACGGAGACUUGAUCCGGGCCCCGGAGCUGGUGGCGUCGAGUAAGAUCUUCCAUCUGUGGCGUCUGUACGAGGCACCGCUGGAGACGCCCACGGACUCGAGGACGGCUAGACCCUUGACCGUCGACAACUUGACGCACGCCCUUCAGGCGAUCGAGUCACUCUUCAGCGCACUCAUCUACCUGCGCCAGCAGCUGGUGCGGCAAUCGUCAAAGACGGACCCCAACAUCGGCGACGGGGAUCUUGACUACUUCGUCGCGCGCGAGGCGCCCUACGUUCGGUGUUUCAAGCAAGUGAGAAAGGCGCACGACCUCUUCGUCAAAGAAACCAUCCGCAGCCCUGAGGCCCAGUCUGUCGUGCCUUACAAGGCGCUGCUGACUUUGUCGCUGGCCCUCGCAGCCACCCGCCUCAUAUUUGUCGGAGAUCCCGAGCUGCCCGACCAGAGCAAACGUGACGAGGAUCUUCCGCGACAGUACGAGUACAUUGUCAACCUCGCAGAGCGCAUCCUCAAGCCCGACCACCGUCAGCACCCACCGUUUGCCAAGUCUGGCACGAUGCAGUCUGCCCUGUUUGCCGUCGCGUACAUGGGGAAGCCUCAGAGUGUACGACGCCGUGCGGUACAACUCAUGACGCAGUAUCCUCGACAGCAAGGAAUAAACAACAGCCUGGAGAGCGCCAGCAUCGCCAAUGUCAUCAUGGCGAGGGAGCAGGAGCUGCUGCGACGAGAGCUUGUAGGGUUGAACGGGACUUCUGCCACGGGCGAGGUCGAAGACCUCGAGGUGCCCCCGUUGAAGAGGCUGUUCAACUAUACCAUAGAGUAUGUCGGAGCCCGGUCGGCCAUGGUGAAGCUGCACACUUGGGAGGAGCAUACUGAGGGACGACCAGGAGAGGAACGAACCAUUCAUUGGUGA